AUGAUUACCCUAAAGUUAGCCAAAGACAACAAUAACGAGCUCAAAGGAUUUACUCCUGUGUCGUGGAUGCGAUUUCCUGUGUCGUGCUUCAUCGUGCUGGAUCGAAACCGAGACACUGCACGGCAGCGAGUUGCCCAUCCACUGCGUCAACCGUGCAGUCAUUAUCAAGAAGUAAAAUUUGUGUGCAGUGCGUGUGUGAUGGUACGCACGCACACGGUGCUGCUGCUGGCGGUAGCACUGUGCGGCGCCGCCACCACGCUGGACUCCGAGCUCGGGCUGGGCAAGGCCAUCAACAUAUUCAUGAGAUAUGGCUACCUCAGCAUCUGCAUGCGGGUGGUUCCUCGCAACGACACGGAAGGCUGGGUGUUCAGGGAGCCUACAGUCUCCGUGUUCCGCGAGGUGGAACAGUACACCAUCGCGCCAACUCCUCGUCACGCCAAGACUCUCUUCGACGGAGACUUCCACAUGGAGUUCUGCGAUAACCUGAAGCAGUUACUGCAGGCUUACUUUAGGGAUUUUAGUUUUGAAAGACUGGAGCGUCCAUGGCGUGCAUUCACCGCUGGCUGGCCGACAGACAUCAUGGCCAGAAACCUUGGCAUCAACUCUUCCUUCAUCAAUGGAGACCACUGCUAUGUUCUCGUCAGAGUUUCCAGGUUUCGUGAAACAGCCAAAUUGAGUGACUUGCCAGGAAACAUAGCGGUAGAGGAUGUAGUUUACGAUGCUAUUCAGGAGGCGAACAUUGGAGAUACAGCGUCCAUAGCUGAUUUUAUUAGAAAGUACGGUUCCCAUUACAUUGCGUCGUACAUCACUGGAAAUUCGCUAUAUCAGGUAUUUGUGUUUUCCCGUGGCGUGUACACCAAGAUAAAAGAGCGCGUCAAAUCCCGCGGUAUCACUGACAUACCGAUCUCUGAGAUGAACAACUUCUUUUCUCCGCUCUUCGCCGAACAUGUUGGCGCUGUCAAGGUGUUUGUGUUCUCUAGAACGGCUUACUCUAUGAUCAAAGAGAGGUUAAAAAGUAAAGGCGUAGCAGAUAUAACUGCUAAAGAACUAGAAGGAUACUUCUCACCAUGGCAUGCCAAGCAUAUAGGCCAGAUAAAGGUGGCUAGUGGUAAUAAAACCGUAGAAAACUGGGCGAUGAAGCGCCUUAGGGUCCACUACUACAUAUUCUCAUACCCCAGCUUAUUAAAGCUGCAUGGAGAACCGUCCCUACUAAGAAGUCUAGACACCUUACUAGGAAAUGAAGCCUUAUUGCAGUUAGAAUUAAAGACAUUAUCCCCUGCAUUUAAGGACCCCAAGAAGAAGAAAUGGUUUGAAGAAGUCAUAGAUAAUUAUUUAAAACUUUGGGAGAAUCACUGGAAUGAGACUUCUCAACAGACCCAAGCUCACGCGGCUCAAAGAGCUGCUGAGACGUCUCAACAGUCCCAAGCUCGCCAAAUCAUUGAUGCAGAGCGUCACACGGAUCAAAGAGCUGCUGAGACUUCUCAACAGUCCCAAGCUCACCAAAUCUUAGAUGCUGAGCGUCAAGCUUCGUACAUAGCCGCAGAGACCCGCGAAGAAACACGUAGAUGA